AUGGGCCAGAGGCCGACAAUAAAGCUGGGAUGGGUUGACGAGAGAAGGCCAAGGGCCGUUGGCCGCAGUGUCUGGCAUACCACAGCAUUCUGGAUAUGGUUAUCACUGGGGAUGUUUUGGUUGGCGACCUAUGAAUACUUUUCAUAUGCCUCUGCUCGGGAUCCCACGUCUUAUUUCUUUGACAAAGCACAAGGAUACCAGCGAAUGUAUUCGAAACAGCGGGAAAAGCAAGCUUAUGCAUACAUUGAGAGCGUCAACCAUACCGGUAUACCUCCUCCGUCCUCUUCCGAAACUCCAUCAAUGUGCCUCGGGGUUGCCACUAUUGCACGCCCGUCAACGGAGCAAUACGUUAGGGGCACGGUUGGAUCAUUAUUGGAAGGCCUCUCGGAUUCAGAGCGCGCCGAGAUAUACCUGAUCAUCUUCAUCGCGCACACGGAUCCAGCAGUUCACCCGAUAUACAAUGAGCCAUGGGCAAGAGCCGUCGCCAACAAGGUGCUUACCUACGAGGUUUCCGAGGCAGACCUUGCUCAGCUACACCUUUUUGAAGAUGAGCAUCUUCCUCGCAACAAGUCAAUGUACGACUAUGGGUACCUCCUCAGUAGUUGCUCAGAUACUCAAGCAAGAUGGAUCGCUAUCGUUGAGGACGACAACAUUGCAAGAGCAGGGUGGUAUAGAACAGCUAGGUCAUCGUUACAAGAGAUCCAAGGGCAGAUGAGUGCCGCAAAAUGGCUUUACCUGAGAAUGUUUUUCACCGAAACCCUUCUGGGUUGGAACAGUGAGGAGUGGCCUCGGUAUCUCGGAUGGUCCCUCUUGCUGUUCAUAAGCCUGCUAUAUGUGCUGGUUGGUUUACGUUCUCGCUCGGUCGUACUAAGGUGGCAUCUCUCGAACUCAGAGAUCGUCGCAACCUGUGGCACCUUUCUGCCAGCAUUCAUCGGCCUUUACUUUAUGGCUGGGCGUGUGACCGUACAACCUCAGCCGCCCGGCGUGGGCCUAAUGCCACGCUUCGGUUGCUGUUCGCAAGGGCUCAUAUUCCCGGUGGAGGUUGUACCGAGCCUGAUUGAGAGAAUUCGACAAGCUAUGCACGAAGAUUACUAUAUUGAUAUGCUUUUCGAGCGCUUUGCAGAUACCAAUCACUUAGCUCGCUUUGCUCAAUUUCCAAGCCUCCUACAACAUGUUGGUUCGAAAAGCUCGAAGGGAUUCGGCUUUGAUACGAGUGCUGCGACCUUGUGGAAUUUCGGCUUUGAGACCAUCCAGCCGCGAUGA